CUGGUCGCGACCUUGGCCUGCGGCGGCGCAGAAAGCAGGCGGAGGCGCGGGCUAUGCUGCGGCUGGCGCUCCCCAGAGCGCGAACCAUCGUGGACAUGUCGUAUGCCCGCCACUUCCUGGACUUCCAGGGCUCCGCCAUCCCCAGAACCAUGCAGAAGCUCGUGGUGACUCGGCUGAGCCCCAACUUCCGCGAGGCCGUCACCCUGCUCCGGAACUGCCCGGUGCCACUCCCCGGGGACGGAGACCUCCUCGUCCGAAACCGAUUUGUGGGUGUAAAUGCCUCCGACAUCAACUACUCAGCCGGACGCUAUGACCCUUCGGUCAAGACCCCCUUCGACGUGGGUUUUGAAGGUGUGGGCGAGGUCGUCGCCUUGGGCCUCUCGGCGAGUGCCCAGUACACAGUUGGCCAAGCUGUGGCUUACGUGGCCCCAGGCUCUUUUGCCGAGUACACAGUGGUGCCCGCCAGCAUUGCCACGCCGGUGCCCUCCGUGACGCCCGAGUACCUCCCCCUGCUGAUCAGCGGCACCACAGCACACAUCAGCCUGAAAGAGCUCGGCAGGCUGAGGGAAGGGAAGAGCGUGUUGGUGACAGCGGCCGCGGGGGGGACAGGCCAGUUUGCUGUGCAGCUGGCAAAGAAGGCCAGGUGCCACGUGAUUGGAACUUGCUCUUCCGACGAAAAGGCUGCUUUUCUGAAAUCUGUGGGCUGCGACCGUCCCAUCAAUUAUAACAGUGAGCACGUGGGUACUGUCCUGAAGCGGGAGUACCCCGGAGGUGUGGAUGUGGUCUAUGAGUCCGUGGGGGGCGCCAUGUUUGACUUGGCUGUGGAUGCCUUGGCCACCAAAGGGCACCUGCUCGUCAUUGGCUUUAUCUCCGGCUACCAAACCCCCACUGGCCUUGCGCCCGUGAAAGCAGGGACGUUACCGGCCAAACUGCUGAAGAAAUCCGCCAGCAUCCAGGGCUUCUUUCUGAACCAUUACCUCUCUGAGUACCGAGCAUCCAUGGACCACUUGGUCAAGAUGUAUACAAGCGGGGACCUGGUCUGCCAGGUGGACCUGGGCCACCUGUCUGCCGAGGGCAGGUUCACCGGCCUGGAGUCCGUAUUCCGGGCUGUCGAUUAUAUGUACAUGGGGAGAAACACUGGGAAAAUUGUAGUUGAAUUACCUCACUCUGUCAACAGCAAGCUGUGAGAACAGAGUAAUGGGAUCAAUCAAAGGGGAAAGAAAAUGGGUACUUGAGGCUUCAGAAUUACUCAAAUCAAUUUAGUUUUAGUCAGUGAUGGAGAUCAUCUUCCUGUAAACGAAAGUAAGGUGUUUGCACGUAGGUUUCUCUGCUUCCCUUUUGUCUUCUUCUACCCCUCCCUUGGGGAAAAAAAAAAAAAGGUGACAAUAAAACUUCCCUCCAUGGCCCAGAGGUAAACCUUUACAUUCAGCCUUUGGUCAUGGACAGUCUCUUCCAGAUUUUAUUGUUCCUGGGAACUAAAUCAAUUCCUGAUGCAAGAGCUGAUCAAAUCAGCGUGUCUCCAGCUGAUGAGAUUUUAAAAUUGGUCUCGAAAAUAGUUCACAAAUUCUUUACUUUGGGACAGCUUUGUCUUAGGCUAAUUAGUAAUUAGUAAAUGAGAGGUGUCGCAAAAAUCAGCCAUAUUUUUGAGUCCGUGUUCUCAGGAAAUGGCCUUUUCUAUCCUAUAAAUCAUUAGCCAACUUUCUAAACAAAUUUGAGGCAAUUCUCCCACGACUUUGAUUUUAUUAGCAAAACUGACUGAGUGGGCACAGAUGUAUUUUAAAGAAAUAGCUUGUAUCAGUGGGUUUUGUCCUGGCGACAUUUCACUUGGAGUGGCCUUUCACUCCUCCCUAAGAAGCAAAUCCGUUUGGGAGUGGGGAUGACAGA